UUUUUUUUAUUUUGGCUGGACCUGGCAACCCUGCCCAGGACUCUCCGAAGAGAGAGAAGAGCGAGUUCAGGCUGGAAGGAACCGCGGAUGCUUGUGUCGAAUAAUCUGUUCACCGCGACGAUACGUGAAGAUGUUCGCCAAGGCCACCAGUAAAUUCGUGAGCGAGAUCGAUCCGGACGGAUGUUUGAUUCCGGUGUCCCGGCUGAACGAAUCGGAUAACUUGACCCUCCUCUCGCUCGUCAUCAAGCGCAACCGCUACUGGUUCUGGCAGCGACCUAAAUACCUGCCGUCAGACUUCAGCCUCAACCACAUCCUGCUCGGGGACGAGCCGGUCGAUCCAGGUAUGAUCGAGACGGACUUUCUGAAGUACAAGAGCACGUUAGAAAACAACACGAGUGGAGCAGCCGAGGCUGGAAUCGGCCCCGGGAACGUGAACCUGGAGGGAAAAGGUUCCUCCAAACUGGCCUCCUCGUUCGGAAACCUCAAGAAGCAGGAGAUGGACGUUCAGAAGGUGCUGCGUGAUACCAAAACCAGACGUCUGGAUUUGCAGCACUCUCUGGUGAGGCAGACGCUGGCGAGGCGGCACGAGGUCUUCGCCCUGGUGAAGGAGCGCAUCGUCACCACGCAGACCUGCAGCAUCACCGAGGAGGUGCAGGGGGGCGCCAGCUGCGCCGCCUUCCUGGGGCUUACUGUGCCCAAGAAGAUCCAGGUGUCGGUGAAGAACGGCAGCCAUCAUUCUGAAAGCAACGUCUGCCUAGAGAUCCCGGCCAAGACGGCCCUCGCUUACUGUCUCAUCGAGCUCAGCGUGAAGAACACCGGACAUUUCGAACUGUGUCUGCUGUCGGGUUCCAACGGCGGCUUCGAGGUGGACGGGCCGGUCAACGCGAGCGCGGCUCUGCUGUACGGCGCUCCACCAGAACCGCCACUCCGACAGCUACAGAACGAGCUGGAGAAACUGCAGGAGCAUUUCGAGGUGCUGUCAGGCCUCCCGGUCAGCACACGUUCGGCUCUUCUCCGCCAACUCACCCUCCUCCUGAAGGACAGAGCGGCCAUCGGUGCGCUGGACCUCGCGUUGGAGGAUCUGUGCCUGGGUAAGCAGCCUGAUCUCGGCGCUCUGGAUAAAGUCCCCUCGCUGAAGGAGGCCGUGCAGACGACGCUGGAGCUGCUCCAAGAGAACGAGGACGGCGAUCACGCCCCGGCGGAGAGCGUCACGUCUGAACGACGGCUCCACCCGUCUGUCUUCACCGCCACCAGCGUCCUCACCAGUGCAUUAGAGGAGAUGAGCGAUUCAACCCUGUCUGCCCUGGAGUCCUGCUGUCAAGAGUCCACGCUACAGGCACUCCACCUACUGGUGCAGAACGUAACAGGAAACAGGAAGUGCUCGGUGAAGGAGGGCGCGCUGGCCCGGUUGGCCGGAGACGAGGCGUACGACGGGGCGCGGCGGCUCUUCGCUUCGUCUGGCGUGACCCUGCGCCGGGACGGGGAUUCGAUCCAGGCUCACGUGGACAGCCAGCAGGGCCACCAGCCGCUCAUCCUGUGCGUGGCGAUCUGUGGACUGGCCUCUUUAGCGCCCCCUGUGUCUCAAACGUUAUAAAUGAAUUUUUAUAAGCUUAAGCCACUAUAAGCUUUUUUUACAAGCUUUUGUAAGCCAUUUUAUACAGUAAAAUAAUUUUAGAUUGUAAAUAUUUGCUUUAUAAUUCAUGCUUUUAUUGUCGCUCCGCCCGUUUUUAGAUCUUUCAGAAAUAAAUUUAAGUUAACUGAUGUCCCAGUGUGAUUGACAGUAAAUCAUUGUUAUGUCAAAUGUGAAUUUUGACCUCUAAUAAAUCCAUUACUACAGCUAA